GGAGGGGCGGGCCUGUUUCCGGGUGGCGCUUGGGGCUCCAGGCCGAGCUGCCCCUGCCGCCACCGACAUGGAGAGUUUGUACCGAAUCCCGUUCUUAGUGCUCGAAUGCCCCAACCUGAAGCUGAAGAAGCCGCCCUGGGUGCACAUGCCGUCGGCCAUGACGGUGUACGCUCUGGUGGUGGUGUCUUACUUCCUCAUCACCGGAGGAAUAAUUUAUGAUGUUAUUGUCGAACCUCCAAGUGUUGGCUCUAUGACGGACGAACAUGGGCAUCAGAGACCAGUAGCUUUCUUGGCCUACAGAGUGAAUGGACAGUAUAUUAUGGAAGGACUUGCAUCCAGCUUCCUGUUUACAAUGGGAGGUUUAGGUUUCAUAAUCCUGGACCGAUCCAAUGCACCAAACAUUCCAAAACUCAAUAGAUUUCUUCUUCUAUUCAUUGGAUUCGUCUGUGUCCUAUUGAGUUUUUUCAUGGCUAGAGUAUUCAUGAGAAUGAAACUGCCGGGCUAUCUGAUGGGUUAGAGUGCCUUUUGAGAAGAGAACCAUGGAUAUUGAAUUUGCUCCUGUUAAUGAUGUUUUAAAGGCUGUACCAAUCCUCUGAUACGAAAUAUGGAAAAGGAUGAAAAGCAGCAGAAAAGAAACAUCUAGUGAAAACAUAGGAAGCAUGGUAAAGCUUGGACUAGAAGGUCGUCUUAGUAUCAAAGAGACAAGCUUAUCAGUAUUUCUUCCUGCUGGCCUGUACUGACAUACCAACGAUGUUACGCGGCAUUUUCUUCUUCGUUUUUUUUUUCCCCUUAAAGAAAAUAUACUUCAUUUCUACAGCAACAAUAUUGAAUAAAGUGAUUAUUUUUACAACCCCCUUAACAUUUUUUGGAGAUGACAUUUCUGACCUUCAGAAAUUAAUGUAAAAUCAAGAAGCGAGAGCCCAUAAGCUGAGAACUCUGGACAGCUGAUCAGCUUUCCCUGUGGUGCUUUGCCUUUAAACAGAGCGUGUGGAUAGCACGUCAUUUCAGAUAUGUAUGUAAGACUGUUUCCUGAACAAUAAGCUGUAUGAAAGGAGCAGAAAUAAAUAAUUUUUCUAAUUAA